GGCGCCGGCGUCCGGUCCGCCCGCGCGCAGCGCAAGUCCCCCCAGUUCAGCCACCCGCCUGCGGGGACAGGUUUGCUGCCUCGCUCCUGCUGCGACCCACGGGAUCCACGCUGCUGACUCUUUGCUGUUCAGUUGGCCCUUUCUGAAAGCGAGCUGUGCUCCUGCACCCUUGCAGAUCAAAUUUGAAAAAAAUGGUUGACCUUGCCCAGCUAAUGGAAAAUGAAGUAUUCAUGGCAUUUGCCUCCUAUACGACGAUUGUUCUUUCAAAAAUGAUGUUUAUGAGUACUGCAACUGCAUUCUAUAGAUUGACAAGAAAGGUUUUUGCCAACCCGGAAGACUGUGCAAGCUUCGGCAAAGGAGAAAAUGCCAAGAAGUACCUUCGGGUUGAUGACAGAGUAGAACGUGUACGAAGGGCCCACCUGAAUGACCUUGAAAAUAUUGUGCCAUUUCUUGGGAUUGGCCUUCUGUAUUCCUUAAGUGGUCCAGAUCUCUCUACAGCUAUCCUGCACUUCAGACUCUUUGUUGGAGCACGGAUCUACCACACAAUUUCAUAUUUGUUACCCCUUCCCCAGCCAAAUCGUGCUUUGGCUUUUUUUGUUGGCUAUGGAGUUACUUUGUCAAUGGCUUACAGAUUGCUGAAGACUAGAUUGUACCUGUAAGGAGAAUCAUAAAACUCAUCACCCUAUUAUUUUCUAAGAAUUCUGUAUUUCCAAUUUAUAAUGAAAACUUUUUAAGAUUUUAAGUGGGAGGGAGCAGAGAAAUUAAGAUGGGGGGAACCUAGACUGAAUCUUAACAUCACCAAUGUCCUUUACUCUUGUGUUAUAUUUGCACUAGAAAUUUAACGCAAUUCUUAAAUCUGUUAUCUUAUUCUAAAAGUACUUGGUUAUACAUUUUGAUUAUAAUUUGUAACAUUCAUUCACCAUUUCAUAUUUUAAAGCUAUAAAAAGAGUGAGUGCAUGUAUGAGAAACCUAUUUCAAUAUUGCUGAAAUGGAUGUAUGAAAUAAAGAAUUUAAAGAAUAA